UGCGAUCAUCUCGCGUACACUUCUCGAGCAGGGCACGAGCAACACGAUGAUACACUCACACUACCCGAACGGAGCGUUUAGUGUAGCUUAUGAGGUGUCCCGCAUUUGACACACGGCAUCAUUUAGUACCAAACAUUCACCGGCGAAGGUACCUAGUAGCAGCGAGGAAAGCAAACACUGCCGCACACCCGAAUCUGCGAACGCAUUUCUUAGCCUGAGGCUUCUUGUGAGCGAGUAACUUCCCAGCACCACAACAACAUGGCCGAGGAGAAUAAAAAUGGAGCUGCGCCGGCAGCGGAAGUGGCACCGCAGGAGGCCGCACCCGAACCACCGAAGGACGCCGCGCCCGAGGAACCAAAGGCAGCGUCCGAGGGAGAAGAAUCCGAUGGGGAGGCGGAAGCGGAAGUGGAACCGGAACCAUCGCCAUCGCCCGAGCCUCAGAUUUCAACAUUCGCACGGUUGAAGCAAUUCCUGGCGGAAACCAACAAUUUCCUCGGCAAGUACGAUGAUCUGGUGGAAAACAGGGAUAAGCACAAGAGCGUCUACCUCAACACGGUGAACGUGCUGCGAGAGCGGCUCGUGACAUUGCUGCAGCGGUACAUCCUGCAUACGAUGGUCCGGGAAGAUUUCCUCUACAAGCACAUCGUGUGCUGUGGGGAGGAUCCGCAGGCAAUGAAUACGGAAGAGUUCGAUGAACACUACGAGGAAGUGCACAAGGAGGCAGACAAAGCUGUUAACCUGCCAGAGCUGGACGAGAUCCGCGCCUACUCGGCUGAAGUCCAGACGUACAUUGACUUGGGAAAGGCCAUGAACAACGAUCUCAUAUUCUCCCUGAAGCGACUACUCCGGAAGAGCAAUUCAGUCCUGGCAGGCCAUCUCGGUUGAGACGGACCAGAAGGCUGCAGAAACAGCACAGACAACACCAUACUCAACUAGCUCGUAAGGCUGUCCGUGAGGGCAAAACUCGAAUCUACUACACUAACCCCCCCUCAACGGUGCUAAUUCCCGCACAUACUUCCGAGAAGGAUGUCGAUCAGUUUAGAACAUUAACAGUGGAUGUGUUUAACUCCGAACGAUACAAUAAAUGUUACCCCUGAAACAAA